AUGGCCAAUACGACGGCCAAAGGGGCGCUUUCGAUCCAUGGGACCAACCCGCAAUUCCUGAUCGACAAAGUGUUGAGGUCCCGGAUCUACGAGUCGGAGUAUUGGAAAGAGUCGUGUUUCGGGCUGACGGCGGAGUCGAUCAUCGACAAGACCGUCUUCGAGCUCAGCUAUCUGGGCUCGACCUUCACCGCUAACUUGAGACCGACCGUCUUCAUCUGUCUCUUGCUCAAGUUACUCCAACUCCAACCCGAAAAAGAAAUCAUCCUCGAAUACCUUCGGGCUGAGGAAUUCAAAUAUCUGAGGGCAUUGGCGGCAUUCUAUGUCAGACUAACAUUCAGUCCGAUCAAUGUAUACCAAACCCUGGAGCCAUUACUGCAAGACUACCGGAAACUGAGGACGCGAAACUUGGACGGAUCGUACGGCUUGAUGACGUUUGACGAGUUGAUCGACAGUCUCUUGACGGAGACGAUCGUCUUCGAGGUCGUCCUACCUCGUCUGACGUCCCGGAAGGUGCUCGAAGAACUCGAGUCUCUGCCGCCUCGGAAAUCUAGCUUGGCCGUCGCGCUUGGGUUCCAUUCGGAUUCUGAGGGCGAGCAUGAGGAGGCUGAUGAGCAAGAGGAUGAGGAACAAGGAGCAGGAAGGGAUGAUGAGGAUGAGGAUACUGAGGAUAAUGGAGAGGAGGAGGAUAAUGAUAGGAAUCGGAGCCCCAGUAGAGAUAGUCAUUCUACCAAUCGAUUCGUCUCUCGCUCCCCCACACCAGCUGAACAGGAUAACCAACCACCUGAUCGAAGUCCCAGCGAAACCACCGACCGCUUCGUCUCUCGCUCGCCCACACCGGUCGAUCGAGAUAACCCUGAUACAUAA